AUGGAGCAGCCGCGCGCUGCUGCUCGCCUGCGGAGGAUUCUGGGGCACCUUGGCGGUUCCUCGGUUCGGGCCGUGGUAGCUCACCGCACAUCAGGGAAGAUUACCCCUGCAAAUUUCCAUCCUCAGCAAUUCCAGUAUACUUUGGAUAAUAAUGUGCUGAGCCUGGAUCAGAGAAAAUUUUAUGAAGAAAAUGGAUUUCUUGUUAUUAAAAAUCUAGUAUCUGAUGCUGAUAUUCAACGCUUUAGGGUUGCAUUUGAAAAGAUCUGCAGGGAGGAGUCCAAACCAGCAGGACUCAUGAUAAUAAGAGAUGUGUCCUCUGUGGAAUCAGAGAAUAUACCAAGUGAGAAAACAAUUGCAAGGAUUCAAGAUUACCAGGAAGAUAAGGAGCUCUUUAGAUACUGCACUCUCCCAGAGAUUCUGAAGUAUGUGGAGUGCUUCACUGGACCCAAUGUCAUGGCCAUGCACACAAUGCUGAUAAACAAACCUCCAGAUACGGAAAACUGCAAGAAGACUUCCCGGCACCCCUUGCACCAGGAUCUGCAGUUUUUCCCCUUCAGGCCCAGCAAUCGCAUUGUUUGUGCUUGGACCGCCAUGGAGCACAUUGACCGGAACAAUGGCUGUCUGGCUGUCCUCCCAGGCACCCACAAACUUCCCCUGAAGCCACAUAACUACCCCCAGUGGGAGGGUGGAGUUAACAUUUUCAACUAUGGGAUCCAGGAGUAUGAACAGGACCAUGCCCGAGUGCACCUUGUGAUGGAGAAGGGAGACACCGUUUUCUUCCACCCAUUGCUCAUCCAUGGAUCUGGUCGGAAUCAAACUCAAGGAUUCCGGAAAGCAAUUUCCUGCCAUUUUGCCAGUGCUGAUUGCCACUACAUCGAUGUGAAGGACACCAGUCAAGAACACGUUGAGAAAGAAGCUGUGGGAAUAGCAGAUAAAUUAUACGGAAGUGACAGUGGCUUAGACUUGAAGGAUAUUUGGAUGUUUCGAGGCCGACUUGUGAAAGGAGAAAGAAUCAACAUUUGA